AUGGAUACCAUCGCUCCUUCUAUCCCCUAUAUGACCAGGAUGUACAUAUCCACGUCGCUCUGCCUCAUGGUUAUGUGUUCGUUGGAUAUAAUAAGCCCGCUUAACUUGUACAUGAGUUGGACAAUGAUAUUAAAUGGUGAAAUUUGGCGCCUGUUCACGUGUUUUGUCUAUUUUGGAUCCUUUGGAAUGAACUUCUUUUGGAACGUUUACGUCUUGGUCCAUUAUUGCAGUUCUUUGGAAAGCGUUACCAUGCACAAUCGACCUGCGGACUUCUUAUGGAUGCUUAUAUGUGCGGCAGUCAUGGUUCUGGGCUUAUCGCAGUUUUUCCGUCAAAACAUAUUUUACGGUGGCAGCAUGAUCAACAUUCUGACGUACAUUUGGGGUCGUAAGAAUCCUUAUAGUAGAGUGGGCAUACUCUUUCUAUCUGUUCCGGCUGUCUAUUUACCAUGGGCCAUGCUGAUACUAUCGUACUUUGCGGGCUACGUUGUCACGGAUCACGUAUUGGGGAUAAUAGUUGGACACACCUACUACUUUUUCGCCGAUGUGUUUCCAAAGAUGCCGGUUUCGAACGGCUUCGAGCUGUUCGCUGCCCCCCUUUUUUUGUAA